AUGGCACAAACUGCGAGAACCUAUUCCUUUCUUGAUCGCCCGUGGACUUUAGAGGAUGUGAUAUCAAUCCCGUCCGAUUCCGAUUCUGGCAUAGACAGCGACGAGGAAGUAAUGGGACACGGUGUUCCGCAUGUAAACUUGGUACACGACCAACAUCCUGACGACUCGCUUCCUUCUAUCUCUGAAAUUGUGGCGUCUAUGAUGAAAUCCCGACAAUUUCCAACGGAAGACAUCGGUGAGAAUUUGCAAAUCAAGCUUCAAGGUACGACACUGGCUAACACGAGCCCAGAGAGUUCAGCACAGGAGCUUUGUGUUGCAGAGGAUCGAGAGGGUUCUGAUUCAUCAGCCCCAAAUUCGCCUAGAGAGGUACUUUUCGCUUCAAGCGUUCUGGAGAGCCCGGGCAUUACCACCUGCUCUGAUAUGUUAGUUUCUCCGGCAUCACAACAACACGAUCAUGCCAUGUGCCCUGUGUUGUCCACACCUAUACGAGAGCCUUGUGUCGUCUCGGCGGCCUCCCAGUGUGCCUCAGCGCAGCCCGGCACCAUCUUGCCUUUAGGUGAUGAAGUACUGCACCAGCAGUACGCAGACUCUUCCUGUCAGGCCCGCCUUUCGUCCGCGGCCAACCUCAUCCAGCCUUCCCAGCCGCAGAAUCGCAGCAUCGUGUCGUCAAACCCGUGCGGUCAGAUUCAUAGCAUCAAUGAUGAUCACGGCCAUAUGGAUGGAGUAGUUCCGCAAGGCGACGACGAGUUACAUGGGGUAGCUCAACCAGCCUUAACCAAAACACCUGCGUCGGGAUGCUGUCCGAUGUCUCCAAAAGGAAGUUCCACGGAAGUUGAUCGGCAACACCAAGCAGCGGAAGAUAUUCUGCCGCUGGUUUCUUGCCUCAGCCCGUCGCCGAACAGUUUGCGACGGGGCAAGGAACGCCAGACAAGCACAAACACGCAUCAUACAAUGAGCCAGCUUGAUGGACCCUACGAAGAAAUGGAAAGGCGCCCAUCCAGUCGUCGUGGCUCCAGAAAAGAGUACAAUCUUCGUCCUCUUCCGGUCAAAAGGCAAUUCAUCGGGGAACAAACCCGCGAUGAGGGGGAAGAUUCGUGUGUGGCACAACACAAACGUCGCAAGGUUGUGUUCCCUCAACCGAAAAAGCGUAGUUCACAGCAAGGCAAGUUGGAGCUACCGCGAAGUCGAAAACCACGCUCAUUCAGGAAGAAAACGAUGAAAGACAGCGACAACGCGUCUGUUGCAGACACAAAUAGACCUGCCCAUUCCAGUGUUGCAAGCUAUGAGGAAUGGUCACUUGCCCAUACGGUCCUAAAGUGCAACAGAGAGAAUGGAACCGCGAUGUUCCAAUUACAGUUUACUAGCGAUACUCUGUGGAAGGCACUGACUGCCCAGAACGGCCCGGCCCCAAAAGACCAUCAACCACCAAACAAGGUCAAGGAUAGGAGGCUCAGAACCAGAAAGGGGGCAAUUAAUCAACGAACGGAAAAUGAAGGGGAGCAGUCCAUCCAGGCCGCCUACCCAAGUGUCUGUCCCGACAUUUACCGAAUGGAUUGCCUACUUGCUCGGUGGAGGCAACACACUUUCCUGGUGAAAUGGUCUGAUGCCACCACGACCUGGGAGCCGAGAAAACAUAUCUUAGACAAGAGAAUGCUGGAUAGCUUUGAGGCAAGUUGGCAAGGUUUUGACGCGGGCGUGGAUGUUCUGGGAGCCCGGUUGAGAGCUGGGAAGCGCCAGCACCUUUUGCAUUGGCAUGGUCGUCCGUCCAAAGAGGAUACAUGGGUAUAUGAUGAGGUUCUAAGCCCACAACUCAUGGGGAGGAUUCAAGCAAAUGAGAUAAAUGGUGCUCAUGCUUGA